ACAAAAUUACUAAAUUAAUUAUUAAACAUAGCCAUUAAUCUGCGAGGUACUGGUGGUGCAUACUGGUCAAAAUAAUCUGACCGGUCAACCCGAUACUGCAGCUUGGACAAGAUACGUGCAGGGUUGGAAUUUGGAAGGCAAGACGAAGAAAUCACACAAGAAAAGCUGCCGGACUGUGCUUUCGUGCUCAGAUAACCACAAGACAGAAGAUGAGGCGGUCGUCGUCGUUGCUGCCCGUCUGCACGCUCGUCCUCGCCAUGCUCUGCGUGGCGAGCCUCAUGGGCGUCACGGAAGGGCGGCGAGGCGGAGGCCGCACCAACAUCGGCGGCGGCGGCGGGGCCAGAGGGAGCGCCACGAGAACCAGCGGCAGCCCGCGCGGCCUCAGCGGCGGCACCUGGGCGGCGUGCGCCGGCUCCUCGCUGCUCGCCGCGGCGGCCAUGCUCUUGUAGCUCCGCUUCAUGAAAUACAAUACAUGAUGCUUUGUGUAAGUGACUUGUGUGAUGUGAUUGUGCAGUGGGCACAGGGGAUGAGUUUUCCGGAAAGUGUCCGGGCUGUCGCCAUGAAUGAUCGGCAAGGAGACGAGGAAAAGUGUGAUUAUUGAUUAAUUGUUCGUUGUAAAUUAAGUUCGUGAGAUUUGCAAUUCCGUAAUUGAUGAUUCUUUUGUUCGUGAUCAA